UACUCCAUCACGAGGGAAAGGUAGAUAGAUAGCUCUCCCUAUAUGAUAUAAUAUGCGUACACUACACCACUCUACAUUUUAAUAACCUUCUUCAUCAUCAUCAUCAUCAUCAGCGGUGAAGUCCAAUCAUCUCCAACUAUGGCCGAGCCAAGCGUGUUCACUCUCGCCCACGUUGCUCAACACAAUUCCAAAAAUGAUUGUUGGAUUGUCAUCAAUGGAAGAGUUUUGGAUGUGACUAAGUUCUUGGAGGAACACCCAGGAGGAGAAGAGGUUAUAACAGAAUUAGCAGGAAAAGAUGCAACCAAGGGCUUUGAGGAUGUUGGGCACAGCAAAGCAGCAAAAAGCUUUCUUCUGAAAUACCAAGUUGGAGUCCUCCAAGGUUAUAAGAUCCAAGAUGCAGACAAGGAUGUUCUUCCAUUCAAGGGUAAUUCUGGGAAGAAAGAUAUGCGUGCCUUUGUGAUCAAAGAUGAUCCGGUGCCCAAGUAUGCAAAUUUUCUCGAAUUCUUUGUCCCUCUCCUGGUCGCCACUUCCUAUGUUGGAUACAGUUUCCUCAACUGAGCUGCUGGUUCCUACAGACUCCUCAUAACUGAGUUGCCCAAGUCACCUAUUGAAUCAUUUUCUAGUCCUAGUUUCCACUGUCUUGCUAUUGAAUCAUUCUCUAGUUCUAGUUUCCACUGUCUUGCGAUGCAUAAGUACUUUCUUCACUACUUGUUUGAAGAUCGGGAAAGUCCAAACCACAUAGAUUUUCCAGCUUAAAUAAUCCUAUAUUAGGUCAUACGUCCACUGUUCACAGUUUUGAAACUGCUAAUACUAAUCUCACAACCAUGGCGUUGCGAUAGACUUUUAAUGACCGUAA